AUGGACUAUAGCUAUCGGGAUAAAGGACCAAGUUGGUCAAAAGAUCCACCAAGAUCGAAAAAGUCAUCGACAGAUUAUUCAUACAAUGGGCAGUUUAUUGAAGAAGAUGAGGUAAAGAAAGUAUUAAAUGGCAUUUUCAAAUUCAAAUGUUUGUUUCUAGGAGCCAACACAAGAAAAUAAACGAGUUAUUGAUUUGAAAGAUCCUCUCGAUUCAAUUUCACUCAACAGCACUGAAAACCUGGCAGUUAUAGCAGGUCUACGAGGAGUUUUGCAAGUUAUAAAAAUAGUUGUGGAUGAAGAAAAUGUAGAUGAAGGACCAUUUAUUAUCAAUGAUGUAGAUUUGAAAAGAACGAAAAAGAGAAAUUUGGUUUAUUCUGCAAAAAAUGUGAAAUGGAAUAAGAAUAAUGGUAAAGCAAUUUGCUAAAUAAAUAUAUAGAAAAAUCAAUAUUUUCAGAUGAUUUGAUUGCUGCAACAUCAUCGGCUGGACCUAUUACUGUUUGGAAUGUAUCAGAUGGAUCGCGUAAGUUCCUAUUCAUUUUUUAUUUGAAAAAAAAAACUGAUGUGUUUCAGACCAAGCUAUAAAAGCUCAUGAAAGAUCAGUAACUUGUAUCGAUUGGAAUUAUGAAGAUCCAAACGUUCUUAUCUCGGGUUCCAAAGAUUGUCAUGUAUUCAUGUUUGAUUUGAGAACUCCUGAAAAGAAAAUUGGUGAUUUCAUGUAAGUUUUUUAUAGAAAAUAAAUAAAUGACUAAAUAAUUUCAGAGAUGGAACAAGUGAAGCAAUUCAUGAUUUAGCAUUUGUGAAUCAUCCUGGAGCAUUCAAUUAUUUCUUUACUGGAGAUGAUUCUGGUGCAUUGAAAUUAUGGGAUCGACGAAUUACGGGGAGGUAAGCAUCCUCUUUUUGUCUCCGCAAAACCAACCCUCCUCUUUUUCGUGUUUCCGUUGACCACUCUAUGUUCGUCUGUGUCUCUUCCUUUUCAUUAUCUCUCGCUUCUUUCCCACAAACUCAAUUUUCUUCUCAAAGACUUUUCGAUUUUUCAAUAUUUAUUUAUGUUUAUAUAAAUUUCAAAACCUCUUCUUUCUUCCAGAUUCGUAUUCCAAAGAACUGCGCACAAUUCAUUUGUUUCAACAUUAUCAGUAAAUCCAUCAAAUAAAUAUUUAUUAGCAACUGGCGGUGGAAGAGAUAAAGUUGUUAAAGUUUGGGAUUGGAGUCGUGGAAAAAUUGAUGGAAAAUGUGUUGUUGAAACGACAGCUCCGCUUGGAAAAUGUAUUUGGAGACCGAAUAAACCAUUUCAAAUUGCGACGUGUGCAAGUGAGUUUUACAGGGAGGGGUAAAAUUAUAUAUAAAAACUACACCACACGUCGUUAACUUUGAGCUAAAGACUGCUUCUUUUUGGCAAAAAUCGAAAAAUUUGAUGUUUGUUGGGCCCAAACCCGAAAAUGUAGCUUUUUUAUAGAAAAGGCACAGAAAUUCAUGGAUUCUCCCCCUAUAAUUUUCGAAUUUCCACGUCAUAGAUAAAUUUAUUAUAUUUUUCAGCAAUUUUUAGUCAAAUUUAAACUCCAAAUUACAUUCGUUCAAAAGCAGAAAAUAAUACGUUUCAAAAUUUUGAUAUAACAAAUCAUCAAAUUAUUUUUUCAAUAACGCAAAACUCUCAAAAUGUGGACAAAAAUUCUGAAAUUAUCGAUUUUUGAAAUUCAAAUUCAUGAAAAUUUGAAGUGAUAAAUUACAAAGCUGAGUAAAUAUCUUUAAAGUUAUUUUUGAAGUAAGCUGUAAAUUGUGAAUUUCAAAACAUUUUUCCAAAAAACCCAUUGUUUCUAGGUGUUAAUGAUCAAUGUGUUCAUAUUUGGGAUAUCCGUCGCCCUUUUAUUCCACUCGCAACUUAUGAAGAGCAUACAGACAGUGUCACCGAUGCCUGUUGGCCACUUUCAAGUUUACCUGAAAUGGAUUUAUUCCUCUCAUGUGGUAAAGAUAAUAUUGUUGUAUUACAUACAUCUGAAAGUGGCCAUGCUCCAAUAUCUUAUGCUUGUGAUAUUCCAUUUGAUAUUACACCAGAUGGAGUUAUUGCGAUUGCUUGUAAUACUGAAAUUCAUCAGAAAAAUCAGGAAAUGGAGAAAUUACCGAAAGCUGCGAAAACAAGUAAUCCUGCAGUUGAUCAAGUAAGUUUUAUUGAUUUUUUAAUUUCAAAAUUGAAGGAAAAAUAUUUUCAGUUGAAUCGCCAGCGAAAGAAACAACCUGUGAAAAAAUACGAGCCAUUCAGUGGGCCAAUCAAAAGUAUAGUAACAUGUGGAUUACCAGAUACAAUGCGUAUUUCUCUGCCACCAAAUGAAUUUUAUCAUUUGGCACAAAAGUAUUUGCUUGGAGGAAGGAAAUUGUCAAGAAUUUGCACGCUAAACGCAAAAAUUGCGAAAGAAUUGGGAAAAGAGCAUGUUGCACAAACUUGGAGAUUAGUUGAAGCGCUCAUUUCACAAGCAAAGUUGCAGGAGAUUUAUGAUGAAGAUGAGAGAAAGUUGAAAAUUGAUACGGCGAGGAGAUGGGAUAUGUGAGUUUUGGGAAUUUAAAUUUUUGUGCGAAAUUUCGAUUUGGGUAAAAAAUUCCGAAAAGAUUUGCUACGAGGCUUUUGGCAUCAUAAUUAAAAUUAUAACGUUAAAAAAUUUCGGAAAAUUUAUCCACUUGGAUUUUUUGGCGCCAAAACUUCUAAAUUUGAAAAAAAAUUCAAAAAAAAAAUUGCCACGUGUCUUUGGGGAAUUCACACCCUAUUUUAAUAUUUAUGAAAUAUUUUGGUUAGCCCAAAUAAGUUUAGGCUGAUUUAUAGUUCCCAAGAAAAAUCAAACCCUAUUUUUUUCAGUCGUAAAAAAGAAUUGGCUCGAGAAGGAAAUCGAGUUCUGCCAAAUGUUAAUGAAUUGAACAUUGAUAAUAUGAAGCGAAUUUUUGCUGAUGUAUGUUUUUUUUUACUUUUGUAUCAUAUUCCAUCGAACCCAUUUUUUUCCAGAAACUUGAAAGUACUCUUCUUGUCAAUGAAUUUAUCAAUGAGUCCAAUGAACAAUCUGAAGAUUCGGCACCCGAUUCUUGGGAAAAUUCAGAAGAAGAUAAAGCUGAAUCUGAAGAAGAACACGAAAAACAUCUAUAUUCGGAACAGGAAAGUGAGGGAACAUCGGAAAAGGGAAAGAAUAGAGCGAAGAAACGAAGAAGGAACCGGAAUUUGUCGAUUGCCGAAUUUUAUUUUGGUGGCGCAGAAUCGAAUUAUUAUCAUGAACAGGAACGAAAGUAAGGAUUAUUGUCUGUUUUUUUUUUAAUUUGAGAGAAAUAAUUAUAGAGAAAAUCUGCAAUUGAAUGAAUUCAUGGGGCUUCGAGAUGAAGCUUUCGAGUUGCGAACCAUUUUCAAAGAUCAGAAGUUCUUUUGUGAUGCCAGCAAAUCGGGUAUGUUUUUUGUUUUGAUGGGGAAAAACUUGUUUGUUAACCUUUUAUUAUUGACAAUUUUUUUGGAUGGAUUGAUUUUUUUCUGAAAAAAAAAUCAGAAAAUUUUCACGUCACGUCAUUAUUUUUUCCCAAAAAUCUGGAAUUGGGCCCGUGACUUUAUUCCGAAUAUCCAAUUUUUCAGCCGAAAAUGGGAAUGAUUCUGGAUGGUCUCCAAUGAUGGAAGUCAUGCGACUCCUCCGAUAUCAUUCAGAACAAGGAGAUGUUCAAACUUGCGCAUCUGUCGCAAUUGUUUGUGGAAGUAAAUUAUUCGAAGCUGUUGAUACUUAUACCGUUGAAGCUUGGAUUGAUAGUUAUAUGGGUUAGUUUAAAAAACACGCAAAUUAUUCUUUUCUAACUUGUAAAUCAACAUUUUUCAGAAAUGUUGAAUCGUCUUGAGUUAUUUGUGACGAUUGCGAAAAUCAAGAAAUAUUGCGCGAUUUAUCGGAUAAAUUCAAUGUCCCAACAAGGAACUGCUGUUGAAAUUGUUCAUUCGGAAUGUGAAAAACCAGUUAUAAAUGGAAGAUGUCAGAAAUGUGAAAAAGUGGCGGCUCCGAUUUGUUCGAUGUGUAGACAACCAGUUACUGGACUUGUUUAUGAAUGUCGAAUUUGUAGACAUAUUAUGCAUCCUGAACAUGCGCAGAUAUGGUUUGUUGAGGUAAAUUAUCAAAAAUCGAUUAUUUAUCAAGUGUUCAUCAAAUUUCAGAAUAAUUUGUGUUGUGCAAUUGAUUGUCUUUGUAAUUGUCGAGAUUCUGAAUAUCCAAAACUUGUGAGAUAUUAUGUUGAAGGAGAUGAUGUUGAAAUUGAUGCGGAACCUUUACCGGAAUCCACUUCGAAAAUCACACAAAAAUUAAUAGAUCGUGGAAUUGUUGCACCAAAGGGAUAUGACAUUGAAGAAUAUGAGAAUGAUUCAGAAGAAGAAUUUGAUGAUUCGGAUGAUUCUGAACGAGAAGAUUAUCAUGAAUUGGGAGGAGUUGAGACGAAAUAUCUGAGAAUUUCUGCGACGAAAACUGAAUAUUCGGAAAAUAAUAAAAUAUUGCAAUUGACAUUGAAGCAGAAAGAAAUGGUUGAUGAAUUUGAGAAAGUGCCGUUGAAAAAAUGGACAGAAGGACACUUUUAUGGAAUUCUUGAACAAAUGGCGAAACAAAAAGAUGAUCGGAGAAAAGGAGGAAAUAAAAAGGAUGAGGGAAAAAUAGACGACUGGGAACAUGAAGAAGAAGUAGAAGAUCUUCUCGCAUCGGAUGUUUCGGGUACAAUAUCUGAAUCGGAAUUCGAUUAUUUUGAACAUGUACAAAUUCCUGAAAGUAAACCAAUAUCUGGUGAUGAAAAAGAGGAAGAAAAAGUUGAGGACAAUGUUGAUUUGGUAGAAACAGUUCAGAAAGAAUCGGAAGAAGUUGAUAGAUUGGAAAAAGAAAAAAGAGAUGCGGAAGCGGAAGCGGAACAAAUUCGAAUGAAAGAAGUGGAAGAAGAAGAAGCACGGGAGAAUGAAGAGUUUUCGCAACCAAGAUCGAGGGAAUCUGAUAUUAGUGAAGUGAAUGAGACGAAAAGUGUUUCUUCAUCGGUGAGAUUUUUUAAAAGAUGUUGGGGAGCUGUAGAAUAAGCUUCUCUUUGAAAUAGACUCUUGAUAAGUUAAAAAAAAUUAGUUAGCUCAAAAAAUUCUGGAAAUUCCCUAUUUUUUAACCCAAAUUUGAAUAGGAUUUUUUGGCGCCAAACAUUUAUCUACAGUAAUCCAAAAACCUCACUCAGACAUCCGAAAAUUUUACGCUUUUGAAAGAUAUUUUAAAAGAUGUUGGGGAGCUGUAGAAUAGACUCUCGGCAAGUAUUUUUAUAGUCUGGCUAAAUUUGAAAAAAAAAUACCUGCCAAAAGUUUGUUAGCUCAAAAAAUUAUGGAAAUUCCCUGUUUUUCGAUACCAAAUUUGAAUAGGAUUUUUUGGCGCCAAACAUUUCCACAGUAAUCCGAAAACCUCGCUCAGAGCACAAAAAAUACUGUAGAAAAUCCUCACAAAAAAAAUAUGAGAAAUGAAUUUUUAAAUGUGUCACGUUAAGACAUUUUUCCAGAUAACAAGUAUUCGAACACCUUCUCCAACUAUGACAGCUUCUACAUUUGCAUAUAAACAUAUAUUUGGAUCGGAUAUAUCUUCUGAUGAUUUAGAUGAUGAAGAAGAAUAUGAAAUUGAAGAAUACGAGGAUGAAGAGUAUGAUGAAGAAGAAAUUGAAGAAACUGAACUGGAAAAAGAGGAAAGAUUGAGAUUAUUAGAAAUUAGCGGGAAAAUGGUGAAUUUGGUUGUUGAAGGAAAUAAAAGAGUUGCAAUGAGAGCACCGCAUGAGAUUGGAGUUGGAUGUUUUGAAGAUUUUGAAGGUGGAUCGGAUAAUUUUGAAAAUGAAGAAGAAUUGGAAAUGGCAGAAGGAGAGGGGAAUUUGAGAGAAUGUGGAUGUGAAAUUAGAAUACCGAUUGAAAAUGAAGCGAAAUUUGUGGAAAGAUGGAACAAUGCGAUGAUUAUAGCUGAAGAACAGAUUUCGAGUCUUCAACGAGAAUUGUAGGUUUUUAAGGCGCCGCUACUUGACAACUAGGGGCUGUAGGCUUUGCUGCUUGGAAUAGAAAAUCUCAAGAGGUGGUUGCUAGAGAACUAGAUUUACUAGUCUUGACUACUUGACGUAGAAAGACAAUGAGUAUGUCUAGGCGUGGCUGCUUGACAACUAGGUUUUCUAGACUUAGCUGCUUGGCAAGUUUCUAGGCACUAUUCCUAGACAAUGAGGUUUUCUAUACUCUGCUUCUUUCCAGCUAGACGCGGCUCCUUGCAAGAGUGGCUCUCUGGACAAGGUUACUAACCAAACUGAUUCACUAGGCACCGCUCCUAGACAAUUAGGUUAUUCAGACUUUGCCACUUCACAAAUAAGCUUUCUAGGCGCCGCUAUUUGUUGAUACAUAAAACGCCCAUUUUGUUUCAGAGAAGAAGCAAUUAAACAGUUGGAAGAACUUCGAACACCUGAGGAUGUAUUGGAAACUGAUUCGGAAAAAGCUGAAGAAGGAAUCGACGAAAACGGGGAAGAUCAAACUUGGAAAAAUCCACCCAUGGAAGAAGAAUAUUCUUGGAAAAUGCCGGAAUUUAUCACAAUUCUCAAAAGAACCAAUACAAUGAUCGAUCAACAAUAUAAUCAAGCUUUUAUUGAUCAGUUAGUUUUCUCUCUCCUCCUGAUCUAGUUUUUUUUCGAAAAUUUCAGGGUUCAAAACGAUAAGUUUCUGAUAUGUCGGAAAGGUGAAAUUGCGUCGGACUGUGUUCAAAAUCAAUGGAGAAUUUUGGAAAGUUUGGAGAAUGUUCAAGAAGCUGCCAGGAUUGAAGCGAGAAUGUUUGGAGAAUUUGUGAUGGUGUUUUAUUUUGUGCCGUGGAAGAGAAUUAGAAAUAAUGAACUUCUUGUGAGGAAAAUGUUUGAAAUGUGGGAAGAAUACAAAAAUGCAAGAAAAAACACAUGUCGAGAACAUUUUUAUGAUUUUCUAUUCAAAUUUUUCAGUUCAUCGUGAGUUUAAGUUCUUCAAAUUCUUUAUAAAUAUUUGUUUUUUCACAGAAUUGCUGCCAAAAUUAAAUUUGAUUAUGUAAAUAUUAUAAAAAGUGGAGAAAAAGAUGUGGAAAUAAGUGAAGAGGAAGAAGAUUAUGAAGAUGAUGAAGAGGAAAAUGAAGAAAAUGAGGAGGAAAGUGAUGAAGAAGAAUUUGGAAUUGAUAAUAUUGAUUGGACAAAUCUUAAAAGCUGCUUGAAAAGUUUUGAUAAUUUAGAAGAGCAAGAAUUGGAAGAUAAAAUAAUUGGGCCAAUUGCUGAAAAUAGAAUAGAAAGAUACACAAAUGAAGAGAAAGAGUAUGUGAAGAAAUAUUGGAAUAUAUUUGGAAAAAGUGAAAUUGAAAUCAAGAGUCGAGAGAAAAAGGAGUCAAACAAGAAAUUCCGAAAGCCUCGAAGAAUUGUGAAAGAAUUAUUUGGAAUUAAGAUUGAACGAAAAUAUGAGAGCAAAAUUCGAAAAUAUAAUGAGAAAUAUCCGGAAAGAGUUCGAGAUUUCAUACGCAAAAAUGAUGGGGGAAAUUGGAAGAAAAAUGAUAUUUGUGAGUUUUUUUUACAUAUUUUUUUUAAAACAAAAAAUAUAUUUUCAGACCAAACACGCUCUGAAUUAUAUUAUCAACCGAAGGAUACGUGUUUUCCGAUUUGUGAAUUUGAAGAUUCGAAUCAUAUCAUCACGAUUUAUCCGAAAACACCUAAAUUUCUGCAAGCUCUCAAACUUCGAUUACGUCAUAAGUUUACGGGAAAAUAUCAUGAUCAAUUGAAAAUUGAUUCGAAUCACUAUCAGAUUCUGAAAUCUUCGAAGUUUCAACGAUUCCAAAAAAUCAUAAAAUCGAAAGAAAUUGGAAAAAAACCAGCAAAAUUAGGAAGAAUUAUUGAGGAAACUGAUGAAUCGUUGUUUUGGUAUAAUUUCUUCGAUAAAAUCCGAGGAUGUUAUACUCAAAUUGAAGAUGAAAUUAUGAAAAUUGAAAGAGAAAGUGAGAAAUUGAUUGAGGAGGAAGAACGAAAGAAAUAUCAGAAAAGACUUCGAGGAGAAAACAGGAAAUAUGAAAUUGCAAAUAUUUGGAAAAUGAAAUGGUUUCUCAGAUUUGAGCAAAAUUGUCGAGAUGCGCUAAAAAUUAUGGAUAGGGUACUUGAUAUUUAUUAAUUACUAAUAGAUAAUAAUUUCAUUUUCAGGCCAAAUAUUUGGUUGAUCGAGAUAUUCGCUUAUGGCUUCAGUACAAUUUUCAAAUUCAUGAAAAACGACGAAAUUUGGCGAUUCAACGAAGAACUGAAAGAAGAUUGAGAAGAAGAGCAAAUAAAUAUGGAAUUGAUCGAGAUCCACAAAUUAUUGAUCCGAAAUUGAUUGAUUUUUUGCCGAUUGAACAACGUGAUAUUAUUGAAACUGAAGAGGAAUUGGAAUAUGAUGAAGAGCAAAAUUGGCAAUGUCAUGCAUAUCAACAAGGAUGUUUAUCGAUUAUUGAUAUUGAGGUGGGAGAAGGAAUUGAGGGGCCUAAACGGAAAACGAGGGUUUCUGAUAAUUAACUUUUCAUGGGUUUUUUUUUCGAGAGCCCAAAUUUUAACUGUGAUCAAGCUUUUGAAAAUCCUUCUUUACUAAAAAGCCUCUUUUUUAUUUCUAAACUUCUUUUUUCCCGUGCAGAGCCUGAUUAAGUUAUCUGAAAUUCAUUUGUGAGUUUUCCAGAGACAAUAUGAUUUCGACAAUGAAAAACAUUUUUAUGAAGCGAGAACGAAACCAGAAAUUGAGCGAGUUGACACAAAUACAACAACUAGUUUUGGAACAUGUCGUGAGUUUUGAAAUAUUACAGUAUCCUUUGCAGAUGUGUGAAAUUUUGUAUAAUGUAAAAAUUGUAUUUGAAAAAAAAUCAUUAAUUUUUUAGCCACAAGUCCUUCGGAUGAUGGAAGUCUUGAAUUGGCUGAACAAAGUGAAUAUAUCAUUGAAAAUUUGGAAAAAAUCGAUUAUGAAAAUGAGCAGAAAGUGAUAAAAAUGAAAUUGGGCGGAAGAAAUUAUCGAUCGAAUUUGGAGAAAAAAGACGAAAGAAUUGAAUUGUAUGAAAAUAUGAAAGAAAGUUUGGAAAAAAACGAUGAAAAGGUUGAAGAAAAAACUGAGAAUGUGUUUGAUUUUAUUCGAAAAUUGCACGAAAGAGAAAUGGAAAGAGUGUCAAAUCGAGAAAUUCGACGAAUUCAUGAAAAUCGAUUUGCAAUGAUGAAUUAUUCGAAUGAAUAUGAAAGAAUUGGCGAAUGUUUUGGUGAACUUGACAAACUGGAACAUCGCUCAAAUGUUCGUGGAAAAUUCAGAAUGAAAUAUUGUGGAGAUAAAUUGGGUUCAAGUUAUUAUCUCAAUUCGUUUUUUGCGUGGAUUUUGAGAACAUUUUCGUCUGGAAUGAUUAUUGAUCGAAGUUCGAUCAAACAUGUUAUCGAUUUGUUUUGGGAAAAUGGUGCGAGAAAUGAAGUUGAUGAAUUUUAUGAAAUGAUGCGAGCACAAAUUACACAAUCUACUGAAUAUUCAAUGGGUGAGUUGAUUUUUUGAGGACAAUCGGAUCAAUUUUUGGUUCGUUUGAUACACCUGCCCCGAUGCAAGAUUCCCCUAUAAUCUUAAUUUUUCACAGGUUUUACUUGCGAAGAAGUUGAAGAAUUAGGCCAAGAUGUUAUUGAUCUUUUCCAAGAUGAAUUAAUUGAAAUUCAAGUGAUUGAUGUUGUCAAUGAUAUGUUAUCCGAAGUUGAGCAUUAUGAAAUACAACAACGUGAACAAAUGAGCGCUGUGAGUACUCCAAGUCGUUGGUUGAAAACUUAUUUCAAAAGAUCGAUUUAUAAAAUGAAUAUGACGGAAUUCUUCCAAUGGAAAUGGGUUGAUUAUUAUAAAGAGUUGGCUUGUUUUUAUCAAAGGAUUGAAGAAUUUAGGGUUGGUUUGUUUCUGAUUUUGCGAAUCGAUCAAUGAGAUUUCGUAUUACAGAGAAGAUCUGAGGAAGAGGUUCUAAACGAUCAGAGAAAAGGAGAAAUGUUGAAAUCGAUUUUGAAAAAACAAGGAUAUAAAAUAAUGUUGGAGAAUGGUGAUCUUGAAACAGCUGAACUACUCGAAAUGGAAAAAUAUUGGGUUCCAGCGCCACCUGUUUUGCAAGAAAUGAAUCAUGUUGAAGAAAUUGAACUGGUAAGUUUAAAAGUUAAAAAAUAUGUAGUUUUCAUUAAUUUUCAGCCAUAUUUUAUAGAAAAAUUUAGAAAAAAACAACAAAAUUUCACACUGCAAAAAUGUUUCCUGAAAGUCUUGUGUGAUUUAUACAAAAAUAAUUGAUUUUCAUUCCAGAUGAUCAAAUUUCUUGAUUUGAACAUGGAUGAAAUCAAACCACACUUCGGACAACUAUUACUCGAUUUUUUGAUCGAAUAUCCAAAAUGUGCUGAAAUUAUGGAAAAAGCUGAAUGCUCAAAUGGAUUUUAUGAAAAAGAGGAAUUUGAUGAAUUGAAAAAUCAAUUGAUUCAAUAUCAAAAAAGCGCUGAUAAUAAUUUUCGAAAUGAUCCUGAAAGUGAAUAUUCAGUUGUGCCAAAAUAUGCAAUUGGAAAUAAUUGGGACACAUAUUCGGAUAUUAUGAAGAAGUUCGGGAAAAAUACAAUUGAUAAGAAAUAUAUUAAAUUGGAAUUCCAACCGUUUUCGCGAUCUUUAUCGAAUUCUGAAUUUUCAUCUUCAGCUUCAUCUUCAGCUUUAUCCGAAACAACAUAUAAUUCAGUUCAAAAUUUGAAUGAAUACGAAUUAUAUUUUGUAAGUUUGAUUCAGGAAUAACAAACCAUUACCCAACUAUCUUUUUUUUUCCAGUCUCAUCAAAACUUUUCAUAUCGCCAGCCAUUAUUGAUUUUGAUAUUUGAACCACAGGAUUUUGUUGAAAAACGAAGAAAUUUUGAGAAAAUCAUCGAAAACUUUUCAUCAAUCGAUGAAUUUUAUCGAUUACUUCAAAUUGAGAGGAUUAUUCAAAGUUCGAAGGAGAAAUUUGGAGAGGAAAUUUCGAAAAAAUAUGGAAAAGUUCUAUUUGAUUGUCGAAUUUCUGUAAUUAUUGAUACAAAAUUGAAUCCAUGGUUUUAUUUGAUUCAAUCGAAAAAUGAAAAAAUGGAAAAGAACUUUGAAAAAUGUGGAAAUAUUGAUGAAUCAACGCGAUUUGAAAUGCUUAGACAAUCCAAAAUAUUCACGGAAAAUAUUAUUAAAAUUCACCGAAUCGAUCAAAUCUUACUCAAAUUUUGCCCAAUUCUACAUAUUCAAAAUGAUUAUUUAUUGAAGAUUGCAAAUAUUCGAACUGAGAUGGAAAUUGAAAAAUUGACAAAACAGGAGGCAUUCGAAAUGUUGGAUGUGAGUUUUGAUUUUAAUUUUGAUUCUCAAAAAAAAAAUCAGAAUUGUUUUUUUUAGGUAAUUUGUAAGAUGAGAGAGCCAAGUUCGGAAAAGGUGAAAUUAUUGGAAAGGAUUUUCAAACAUUGGUAUCCGGAAUGGAGAUAUGAGAGAACUAAAAAUCUAGUAUCUGAUGAAGAACAUGCUGAACAAAUUAUACAAAAUCAAGGUAAGUUUUUUUGUGUGUUGGGUCUCGCAACGAUUACGUUCUUGUUCCUUUAAUUUUUCUCCUUUAUUUUCGUGUUUUUUGUGUUAAUUUCGUGACAGAAAAAUUGUUUUUCUACAAAAGAAUUUUUCAUUUCCCAAACAUUAGCCAAAAACAUAUUUGAUAUAUCAAAAUUUGAAUUUUUGAAUUAAAAUUUUACUCAAGUUCGUUGAAAACUGGAAUAAAUUUAUCUAUAACGUGGCAGUUUGAAAAUUAAUGGUUUCUAGGUAAAAAAAUCCUUUUUCGGAUUUUCUGGACGAAAAUCGAAGUUUUUCAGUUUCUAGACCGAAAGAAAAUAAAAAUUUUCGAUUUUUUGCCGAAAAAAAGCAAUUCUGAGCUCAAAGUUCAUAGAUGUUCCCAUUUUGAUUCUUAAAUCUUUUAUUUUCAGUGAAAAUGGCUAUGAAUUAUGCAUAUCAAUAUUAUCGAAUGAUUAAAUAUGAUCCAGUUUUAUCAAAGACAAAAUGCAAGGAUUUUUCAAUAAGAUUUCGUGAGUUACUCUUAACAUUCCCAUCCUAAAAUAUAUUUUCCUAUUUUUCAGCAACAUUCCGACAAGAUGUUCCAUCUUCUUCACUUUUAUCCAAUUUACGAGAAUGUAUUGUUGAUUUUCUCCAAAAUGUUUCGAUCAAUCUGCCAGAUCGAAAUUCAAUCAAUAAACAGAUUCUUGAGAUCGCUGAACAUGGAAAUCCGAAUCCAAGAAUAAUGUUUUCUCGAGCGAAAUCUGGAGGGAAUUCGUUGGGAAGAGGAGGAGUAAAUGAGGAUUUGAAUGUGUCAAUGGAUGAUUUGAGGAGCACAAAAAAUGCGAAUUUGAACAAUAAUAGCAGUCAAAAUACAAUGAAUGAUUGUUAUGAUGAAAUAUUGUGGUUGAGAUCGAAAUAUGAAAUGAAAGAUAUGGUUCGAAGAAGAUUUACUGCUCAAAUAUCAUAUGAGAUUGUGAAAAUGACAUUGAUGAAAGUGGCACCGAAAUUGGCGAAUUUCAAAUUAGCCGAAAGAAAAUUUGAGGAAUUGAUGAAGAAACAUGCGAGACAACGACCACUUCUUGAUAUGAUGUUGACUAAAAUAUCGGGAAUUGAUGAAAUGGUUUGAUUUUGAUUUUUUUUUGAAGAAGUUUGAAUAAUUUGAUCAAAUUUUUAUAGACUGAUGAACAGCGCCAGUUUUUGUAUGAAAAUAAAUUGAUAAAUGAAGAAGAUAUUCAUGGAUUUAAACAUGAUCAUUUGGAAGAAUCGAGCACACGGAAAACAUCAUUUCUUACCACUCGAAGCGAAGAAUCGAUUAAAAUUUCAUUUUUACCAAGUGGAAAACUUCCUGAGCCAUUCUCGUCGGAUGAUGAAGAAGAAGAACCAGAAGAACAUCAUAAAAGUGAAAUUAAAAUUGAAAUGAUAAACGAGAAAUUGAGAAAAAUCUCGGAAAUUAGCGAGGAUUAUUCAAUUGAUGAUUUCGAUGAUGGCAAUCAUAUUUAUAGUUCGGAGAAAAAAAUCAUUGGAAAAAGUUUGUGGGAAAGAAGAGAGAAAUUGAAGGCGGAAUAUCAUGAUAUUGCGAUGAAAGAUCGGAAUGUUGUAUUGGCCAAAUUGCCGAAACAAUUGAAAUAUGUUAUUGAUAGGGUAAGUUGUGGCGGGAAUUUUUUGGGACGGAGGGGGUAAAUCAAAAAAAAGUUUAAAUUUUUCAGUGGAAAACUGAGCUUUGAGUUUUUUGACCUCUGAAAAUCCCAAAAUCAGAUGUUUUUUUUAAUUAGAUUUUUAUCUUUGAAGUCCAAAAAUCGCCAAAUUUUGGAACUGAAAAAUAUCAACGAAAAAAAUUCGUAGUUGUAAAUAGAAUUCUGAAUUUUUUUUUGUCAAAAAAAUUUCAUCUGAAAAUUGUUUAAAGAUCAUACCAUUUUCAGAACCUGAAAUUCCAGGGCAAAAUUUUUCUGUUACAGAUUUUUGAACGAGAUUUGCGAAAAAUUGAUGAAAAUCAAAAUAUUCUGAAAAUUUUUCAAAAUUAAAAAAAAAUUGACUGUUUCAAAAAUAUUUCAAUUUAAAAUCAUUUUCCGGAUUUUCCGAUCAAAACAGAAAAUUUACAAAAAAUUAAUGACCUCAAAAAAUUUUUUAUUUACAUUUUCCCAUUUUUCUUCAGAUAACUCAAAUAAUUCGCGACAAUUGCGACGUGGCACAUCCCUCUUGGGGACAAUUACGACAAAUUGACAAAUGGGAUGAUAUUUUGGGACCAGAUGGACCAAGUGAAGAAGAAAUUCGCAAAUAUGAUGGAAAUGUACCUAAAGUGAGUCAAUUUUUGAAAGAAACUGCUUUAUUUUUAAAAAAUUUCAGAAAAUGUAUAUAGCGCCAAAAGUUUAUGAUAGCAGUAAUCCAGGACAAAACGGUAGUAGAUGGUUCUAGUAUUUUAUAGUUGUUAUAUGUAUUUAUUUAAUUUCCAAGUUUUUUAUUUUUAUUUUUUUGUUGUAAAUAUAUUUUUAAUUUUUGAAAAUUUUAUGAUUAAUCAAUGGUUUUGAACCAAAUCUAUAUUUUUCUGAAUUAAAAAAAUUUUUCCUAUUCUCAUAUCAAAUCAGGUAAUGAAAUGCGAAUAGCAUUAUUUGCCAUAAGUCAUAUUCGAAGGAAUUUGUGUAUUCGAAAAACGGGAAUAAGUUUGGGAUUAGUUUCCCUGGCUGUGAAAGAAAAUGUGAUUGCUGAACAACAAAAAGAUCCGUGGUUAUUAGUUCCUGAGCGAAAAAUUAAGGAGAAAAGAAAUUUGUUAUGGACACCGGUUACUGUAAUUGUUGAAGUUUUGGUUUUUCUGAGGAAAGCUGUGAGGUUGGUUAUUUCUUUAUUGAAAAUAUCCACCACCCUGGUUUUUUCUAGAUGCAUAAGUUUGUUUAUUCGAUUUGCUCCACUUCUAAUAACUUAUCCAAUUGCGAGUCGAAUAGAGAGAUUGGAAAAUGUUUGGUGGAAAAUAUUGUUGUGGGCUGUGCAGAAUAGUGGACCCACUUUUAUCAAAUUGGGACAAUGGGCCAGUACGAGAAGAGAUAUUUUUAGCAAAACUUUUUGUGAUCGGGUUGGUUUUUUAUUGAUUUUUGGGUAGGAAUUUCGAGUCCGCCAGUGCAUUGUUGAAAAUUUCUGACAGAAAGGACUCCACAGAAAUUGAAAAACUUCGAUUUUGGUCCAGCUUUUUUGAAAAAAUCACAAAAUUUCAUGGAUUUUUUCCCUGGAAACCUUCAAUUUUCAAAUAGCCACGUCACAGAUAAAUUUAUUCUAGUUUUCAGCUCAAAUUCUCACUUUCAGCGAUUUUGAGUCAAAUUUCAACUCAAAAUUGUAAUUUUCCAAAAACAAAAAAACAUACGUUUCAAAAUUUUUUAUUAUUUGUUAUCAAAUAUUUUUUCAAUCAAUUCUGCUUUCCAUAUCACCAUUAGAAAAUCUUCAAAGUUUGUAUGCAAUUUCUGAAAUUAUCAAUUUUUGGAUAAAAAUUCACAGGCGCAAAAAAUGACCAUUGCUCAUAUUAUAAUUUUCCAAAAAAAUAUUCGAGCCAUUUUUAAGCUCAUUCAGAAAAACGAUAUGUUUUCAACCGAAACAUCCUGAAUUUUUUUUGUUAUUUUUAAAAAUCUUCGAAAUACCUCAGGUUUCGAUGUAAUUUCCCAAAAAAUCUAAAUAUCCUCAAAAACUUUCAAUAUUUUUAGUUAUCAAUUUUACACAUUCAAACCAAGAAAAGACGACAUUUUCGAGAUAAAAAAGAGAUAUUAGAAGAAGUAUUUGGAAAAGAAUUCAUGAAAUUACAUGGAAAAAAGAUAUUUAUCGAAAUUGAGCCAUAUUCGAUCGGAAGUGGCUGUAUUGCUCAGGUUUAUCGAGGAACUAUUGAUUUGAAACAAUUUGAAAAUGCAAUUGGAUAUAAUAUUGAAGAAUUAAAAGGAAAACAAAUACAACAAAUUGCUAUUAAAGUUGCUGAUAAAGGAGUUGAAAAACAAAUUGAAUUGGAUUUGAGUAUUUUGAGGACUGGAGCUUAUGUUAUGCAAACGGUACUUUUUCUAUGUUUCAAAAAAAAAUAAACAAAAAUCAAUAAUUCCAGAUUUUUCCUUCGUUAUGGUAUUUGGAUCCGAUGGGUGCUUUGGAACAAUUCGAAAUGGUUUUGCGAAGACAAGUCGAUUUAUCGAAUGAGGCGAAAGCUUUGAAGAAAUUUUCGCAGAAUUUCAACCCCAAAGAAACUGGUAUUAAAUUUCCGAUUGUUCUUGGAUAUACAAAAUCGGCAAUUGUUGAGACUUUUGAAGAGGGUGUUUAUAUUAAUCGAUUAGUUGCGGAAGAAGGAAAAACUGAGGUAGUUUUGGGGGAAUUUUGAGUGAGAAAACAGUGACAUUUUUAAAAGGAAUUGGAUCAUUAAAAAAUUGAAAUUUUAAAUUUUAACAGUGUUAAAGUUUUACCAAAACCCAUCUUAAUGUUACCCAGUUUUGCUCAUGUUAUUUUUUCUAGGUGACUGCUCGUCAAUCAACUGCAGUUCGUCGUCGAAUUGCUUUAAUGGGAGCUCGAGCACUUCUCAAAAUGAUAUUCGUUGAUAAUUUUGUUCAUGGCGAUCUUCAUCCUGGAAAUAUUCUAAUUCGUUUCAAUGAUUCGGAAAAUAAUUUGGAAGGUGUUCACAAAGCACCACAAGCUGAUGGAAUCAUAAAGAAAAGUGUUGAAUGGCUCCGAAGUUUGAUGAACAUAAGAUCAGCGCCAAGGCUAAGAUUCACGGACUCACCGGAUUUAGAAGAUGAGCCAACUCUUGUUCUGUUGGAUACUGGAAUUGCGAUAUCGGAGACGCCCAAGAAUUUGCAUAAUUUGAAGAGUUUGUUUAGAAGUGUUGUGGAGAAAAAGGUGCGGGUUUGAAAUUGGAGACUGAAAAAAUUGGAUAUUUUUCAUUUUAGGUCCCAAGAAGUUUUAAAUUCCGGAUAUUUUUUCUGGGAAACUUUCGAAAUUUUACAGAAAUUCGCAGUUCCUAAUUCAAUUUUCAAAAAAAAACAGAAAUUUUACAAAAACCUCUCAUGGUGAAUUCAAGCUUCCCAAGUUUUGCCAAAAUUCCGAAAAAAAAUCCAAAAUUUGGGAAAAGUACUCACAAUCAGUUCUAAUUCAAUUUUCAAAAAACCAAAAAAAUUCAAUCUUCCAAAAACCUCGAAACUCCAUUUUUUCCAGGGUUAUGAAGUUGGUCGACUUCUCCUAAAUCAAUCACCAUUCCAACAAUGCAAAGAUCCCGAAAAAUUCUGUCGUCAAGUCGAAAAACUAGUUCUAAAAGCAAGAAGUGAAAAAAGUCUCCGAACUCUCAAUAUUUCUGCACUUUUAUCCGAAAUGUUCUCAAUCGUUGCUGAACAUAAAGUUGAAUUGGAUUCCUCUUUCACAACUGUGAUUCUGUCUGUAAUGGUUUUAGAAGGAUUUGGUCGAUCUCUUGAUCCGGAUUUAGAUCUUUUCCAAUGUGCAAGACCUUAUUUGUUAAAUGUUUUUGUUUAG